AUGGCUGCCAUGCACGAGAGCACUCCGUCGCUCCUUGUGCUCUUCUUGUCGCUAAUGCUCUUUUUCACGGCGUCUUCCGCGCGCCACAUGACUGGUGAUCCACCGCCGGUUAUUCCUUCCCCGCCGCCCCAUAUGGCUUCUCCAACAAUGGAGGAGGCGUGGGAAGGCGUCAUGGUGGCACCGAGGCCAGUUCCUUCUGGACCGGACCCUAUACACCAUCGUCCUCAUGCCCCCCCGCCCCACAGGCCUCCCCCAUCAACGGAGGAGGCGAGGGAAGGUGUCAUGGUGGCACCGAGGCCGGUUCCUUCUGGUCCGAACCCUAUACAUCACUUUCCCGCCCCGGCGCCACAACCCCACCAUCAUCACCGAUGUCAUGACCUACCGCCCGCAUCAAUAGAGGAGGCGUGCGAAGGCGAUAUCGUGGCGCCGAGGCCAGUUCCUUUUGGAUCACACCCCAUACAUAACCACCCUGCUCCAGUGCCUCAACCCAACCAGCAUCGUCGACGCAAGGCCCCACCGCCUGCAUCUUUGGAGGAGGGGAGGGAAGGCGACAACAUGUCACCAAGGAGGCCACUUCCUGUUUUCGGACCAAACCCAAACCAUAACCACCCCGCCAAGGCACCGGCUCCUCCUCAUGAGUAA